AUGGCGAAGCCCCCUGCGGCGGCGGCGGCGGCGUCGGAGGAGCUGAGCCAGGUGCCGGACGAGGAGCUGCUGCGCUGGAGCAAGGAGGAGCUGGCGCGGCGGCUGCGGCGCGCCGAGGGCGAGAAGGUGGGCCUCAUGCUGGAGCACGGCGGCCUGAUGCGCGACGUGAACCGGCGGCUGCAGCAGCACCUGCUGGAGAUCCGCGGCCUCAAGGACGUGAACCAGCGGCUGCAGGACGACAACCAGGAGCUGCGCGAGCUCUGCUGCUUCCUCGACGACGACCGGCAGAAGGGGCGCAAGCUGGCGCGCGAGUGGCAGCGCUUCGGGCGCCACGCGGCCGGCGCCGUGUGGCACGAGGUGGCCCGCUCGCAGCAGAAGCUGCGCGAGCUCGAGGCGCGCCAGGAGGCCCUGCUGCGCGAGAACCUGGAGCUUAAGGAGCUGGUACUGCUGCUGGACGAGGAGCGCGCGGCGCUGGCUGGGGGCGCGGGCGGCGCGGGCGGAGGAGGCGGCGCGGGCUCCCGCAGCUCCAUCGACAGCCAGGCCAGCCUCAGCGGGCCGCUGGCGGGCGGCGCGGCGGGCACGGGGGCCCGCGACGUGGGCGACGGCAGCAGCACGUCGAGCGCGGGUAGCGGCGGCAGCCCGGACCACCACCACCACGUCCCGCCCCCGCUGCUGCCCCCAGGGCCGCACAAGGUCCCUGACGGCAAAGCCGUAGCCACACGCAGGUCCCUGGACGAUCUGUCGGCGCCACCGCACCAUCGAAGCAUCCCCAAUGGCCUGCACGACCCCUCGUCCGCCUACAUCAGACAGCUGGAGACCAAGGUGAAGCUGCUGGAGGGGGACAAGCUCCUUGCACAGCAGGCAGGCUCUGGAGAGUUCCGGACGCUGCGGAAAGGCUUCUCCCCAUACCACUCGGAGUCUCAGCUCGCCAGCCUGCCCCCCUCCUACCAGGAUGCCCUGCAGAAUGGCCCGGGCUGCCCCGUCCCCGAGCUGUCCUCGCCCCCCUCCGCUGGCUACAGCCCCGCGGGGCAGAAGCCCGAGGCAGUCGUGCACGCGAUGAAGGUCCUGGAGGUGCACGAGAACCUGGACCGGCAGCUCCAGGACAGCUGUGAGGAGGACCUGAGCGAGAAGGAGAAGGCCAUCGUCCGCGAGAUGUGCAACGUGGUCUGGAGAAAGCUGGGAGACGCCGCCAGCUCCAAGCCCUCCAUCCGGCAGCACCUGUCUGGGAACCAGUUCAAGGGGCCUUUGUAGGGCCUUUCCUCCGCGGACUCGGACCGCCCCGCCCGGGGUCCCUGGGGGAAGCGGCAGGCCUUCUGGCUGAGCCCCUGUCGUCUCCUGUGAUGAACUGUACAUAGGACGCUGCCUGCUGUGGGUCCCCCCUGCUGCCGGCCGGGCCUCAUCACCCGCAUCUCACACACCAGCAAACCGGGAAGCCGAGGGGCCGCCUGUCCGCAGUUCGUUGCAGUCCAGUGGCCUGGCAGCGCCUCCCGCUCUGGCCCAGGCAUUGGGCUCCCUGGGCAAGAACGGAAGGCUGCUCUCGGACGCUGGGCCCGGGACCCUGCAUGCUGGGCCUGCGCUGCCUCCACCCUCCACCCUGGCUGCCACCGCGCUGGGCUGGGGCCGCUGGCAGCUGGACCCAGUGCAGGCGGCACUUUGCACCCACCUGCUGUGACCUGAACGCUGGCUUGCUGAGCACUGGGUCCUGUGAGUCACGGACGGGGACCUCCCGAGGCCCCUCCUCGGGCCUGUGCUAGCUGCCGCUCCGUUUUGGCGUUCAUAACCCCCCCACCCCAGGGUCACCCUGCCCUCUGCCGGCUGUGCCCUAUCUUUUUGGGUGCUCCCUGCUCAGUGCCCGAGGCAUUUCCAUUUUCAUUUUCAUGGUUCUCAUGAGGGACCAGGAACACACGCAGGCUGAGCAGAGUCCUCGGGCUGAGCCACACUUGCCCCACUCCCCAGUAGGGUAGCACUGGGUCAUGCCUGGGCCUCUGGUCCGCCUGGUGUCAUCCGCCGGAGCCUAGCCCCAUCCUUGGUCACUGUGGACAGAGCUGCAUGGCCGCAGAGACGAGAGUUCUGCCCUACGGAAGGAGCUGGACUCGGCUCUGGCUUGAAUGUGCUCUGUGACCUUCAGCCACUCAGCCUCUCUCGGCCCCUGGUGCGAAGUGCAGUCUCUGAGGCGCUCGGCCA